AUGAAAACGCAGCAAAUCUAUCGGUAUAUAUGCAAGAAGAAGAAGAAGAAGAAGAAGAAGAAGAAGAAGAAGAAGAAGAAGAAGAAGAAGAAGAAGAAGAAGAAGAAGAAGAAGAAAAAGAACACCCCAAAAAAGUCCAUCCAAGCUAACAACUCUGGCCUGGCCGCCUUGCUGAUGACAACAAAAGACAAGAACGAAAACUACAAUAACAACAACAACAACAACCCUAAGGGUAUCAACGGCAUCUCUUUCCUCUCAUGAGCCAUCCAUCCAUCGGGUCUAGUAACCCAUUUCCGUGCUUCAUGUACAUCAUCAACAUCUACAUCUUGGUAGCCCCUUGGCUACCCAUCGACUUCUGCCACCAAACAUGCCACUCAGCUAGCUUCCUUCGUUGCGUGAAAGUCGCCAAAAGAAAAUAGUUGGGAAAAGAGAAUGGAAACCUUGAUCAUACUAGCAUGCCUCUUCGCUCGUGGAUUCUCGACAACCGAGCGAGCCCCUCCUUCGUGUCACCCUUCUCUUCCGAGCGAGUGAUGGACUAGGGCGAGAAUGAGUUCUGUUAACGAGACGUUCGUGUAACCACCCUUUUUUUUUUUUUUUUUUUUUUU